AUGAUCGAUAUAGACGAACCGGAAGAUCUGAAAACAACGGAGUGGAACAUCUAUAAGGUCCCAUGCAGUCUUCGGAGUUGGAAACCAGAGGCCUACACUCCUCAGUUGGUCUCAAUAGGACCCCUUCACUAUCGCCCAAAAGAAGACCCAAAAGAAGACCCAAAAGAAUGCCCAAAAGAAGGCCCAAAAGAAGACCCAAAAAAAGAGUUCAAUCCAAUGCCAAUGCAAAAGCAGAAACUACGAUACCUUGAUUUCUUCAGGGGUCGUAUCAAGAACACUCCUGAAGCCAUGGACAAUUUCAAGAGGUUCCUUAAAGAUCAAGUAAAAGACAUACGCCAAUGUUAUGCAGAAAAGCUCUGUGAUAAGAUCCAUGACGAAAAGUUGGUGGAUAUGAUGUUAUUAGAUUCUGUAUUCAUCAUGGAGCUGUUUCUGAGGAUUCAAAGGCAAAAAUCAGAAGAGGACAGGAAUGAUGACGAACUGACCGAUCAAACAUAUUCAGAUGAUAUUAUACUGAAACAAUCAUGGCUGAACAAGAGUAUCCAGAGAGACUUGCUUCUGCUUGAAAACCAGAUCCCAAUGUUCAUCUUAAAAAAGCUGUACAAGACUGUUUUCCCUGACACAGACCCUUGUAAGAAGCGACCCUCAUUUAUUGGACUUGCCCAUGACUAUUUCGACUGUUUUCAUGCCUGUAAAAAGGGCGACCCUUCUAAACAAGAAACUAGAAGCUCAAAUUCCAACCGGUGUCUUUUCUGGGAUAGUAAACCACAACAUUUCACUGAUCUGAUUAGGUCUUUCUACAUUUGUAGGUCUUCCUACAUUUGUAAGGGUCUUAUUGCUUGCAAAAAAGGGUCUCCCUUAAGCACUGCAACAAAGUUGCGGCAAGCAGGAGUGAGCUUUGAGAAAGUCAUCAACAGGCCCUUACUUGACAUAAAUUUUGAGAAAGUUCGACCCUUAAGCUGGUUUCUGUGUCUAGGUUGUAUUCCAAAUUUCACUCACUUCAAAGCUCGUUUACAAAUCCCAGAGUUAAAAAUAGAAGACUCAACCGAAUGUGUUCUGAGGAAUCUGAUCGCCUUCGAGCAGUGUCAUUACCCAAAUCAACCUUACAUUUGCAACUACGUCUCCUUCAUUGACUCUCUCAUUCACACCAAGGACGAUGUUGAAUUGUUGGUUGAGAAGGAAGUCAUCGUCCAUGAACUUGGAAGCGACAAGGAAGUUGCAACGUUGGUGAAUAGUCUCUGCAAACAUGUUGUCACAGACAAGACAUGUUAUAGAGGACUUAUAGAUAGUCUGAACAAACAUUACCAGAGACAAUGGAAUCGUACUAUGGCUGCAUUGAGGUUAGUUUACUUUAGAGAUGCUUGGAGAGCAAGCUCUACUUUGGUCGCAACGGCUGUCCUCGUAUUCACAAUCUUCAACUUCUGGCGAGUUGUUAGAUUGGUCCUCGACCUUGAAGCAGGCGGCCGGCAACCUUAAUUAGUUAUAUAAUGUAGCAUAUAGUAUCUAUAAUUUGAAUUAUAAUUAGGAAACCAAUUAAUGGGUGUGUUUUGUGAUAAAAUAACGUGAAAUGAUCUUCCCCUUGGGUCAAGUUUGGUUGUAGAAUCAUCUUCUU